AUGCAGCAAAGGCGGCGCGGUUUUAGGGAAACCUACGCUCGCUACCACGCCGACGAACACCUCGUUAAGAAGUAUAUCCGCCUCAUAAAACAAGGCAAAGGACUACCGAAGCCAGAGUCUGACAGCACCGGUGGCGCGAUGAACGCUUGUAUCUCUAUCGAAGAAGAAAGGGCGAUAAUCACCUAUCUGCAGCUUUCAAGGUUUAAGAAAAGGUAUCCCGAGAUAUCCUAUAAGAAGGAGAAGCCCAAGGAAAUUAUCCGCAUUGGUGCGGAGUUACAGAUACCUGAGAUACAGGCAUGGUUUGCUGAAUAUCGUAAGCAGAAAGCUCGGCUAUACAACGAUGAAGAGGGCGAAAAGGCCUAUAUCUUGCAACUGGGUAAUAAGGAAUCUUUAACGGCUGUCGAUGCUAUUAGCGCUGCUGGCAAAGCAAUCCCUUCCUUCCUCAUCCUUAGCGCCAACAUCCUGCUCGAGGACUAUACGGCUUCAACUUUGAACGACGAUAUCAUCCUCACAAGAACGAGUUCUGGGUAUAACAACGCCGACCGGGCCUUCCAGUGGCUUCAACAUUUCAAUUGGUAG